GGACCGGCGGGGGGCGGGGCGCUUCCGGCCGGCGGUGGCGGCUCGGGGUCCGCACGUGAGUGGCGUUCAGGCUUCGCAGCUGCUAAAGCACGAUGUGCGUGAGAGAGGCACCCACGGCUCAGACGGUGAAAUCUCGAUUUGCCGGAAACCAGCUCCCGGGGCCCCUUUACCUUCCGGUCCGUGUUUGAGGGGAGAAGCUGCCACCGUCCCUGCAGAGAAGGCUGGAGGUUCCAACCGUGGAAGCCUCGGGCGGCUGACACUCGUCCCCCCUGCAGAGAGGGCCGGGAAGCUGCCCGAGCCGAGAAGGGGCCUUGGCUCGUGGCGGCCCGCAUCAGCAGGACGCCAGUGGGCGAGGGAGGUGGGAGGGGAGGGAGGCUUGGAAAGGCCUCCAGUACUGGCUCAGGUGCGACCCCUGUCGGCCGGGACGAGCCCCCUCCUCAUGGCCUCCAAGCCGGCUGCCGGGAGGACCCCGGGGGAGAAGCGCAAGAGGGUGGUGCUGACCCUGAAGGAGAAGAUGGACAUCUGCCGGCGCCUGGAGAAGGGGGAGAGCAGGAAGGCGCUGAUGCAGGAGUACAACGUGGGCAUGUCCACCCUGUACGACAUCAGGGCCCACAAGGCCCAGCUGCUCCGCUUCUUCGCCAACUCCGACUCGGACAAGGCCCUGGCGCACCGGCGCACGCUGCACACGCCCAAGCUUGAGCACCUGGACCGCGUGCUGUACGAGUGGUUCCUGGUGAAGCGCGCCGAGGGCGUGCCCGUCUCGGGCCCCAUGCUCAUUGAAAAGGCCAAGGACUUCUACGAGCAGAUGCAGCUGACCGAGCCCUGCGUGUUUUCUGGCGGCUGGCUCUGGCGUUUUAAGGCCAGACACGGCAUCAAGAAGUUGGACGCGUCCAGCGAGAAACAGGCGGCCGACCACCAGGCUGCAGAGCAGUUCUGUGGCUUCUUCCGGAGCUUAACCGCCGAGCACGGCCUGUCCCCCGAGCAGGUGUACAACGCCGAUGAGACUGGCCUCUUCUGGCGCAGCUCGCCCAGUCCCAGCCCGGAGGGCGGGGCGGUGCCCGGCCCCAAGCAGAACAAGGACAGGCUGAGCGUCCUCAUGUGCGCCAACGCCACGGGCUCCCACAGGAUCAAACCCUUGGUGGUCGGGAAAUGCGGCGGCCCCAAGGCGGUCCAGGGCAUCCAGCACCUGCCUGUCGCGUACAAGGCCCAAGGUAACGCGUGGGUGGACAAGGAGAUUUUUACUGACUGGUUCCAUCACAUCUUUGUGCCCGCGGUGAAGGAGCACUUCCGAGUCGUGGCUCUGCCCGAAGACAGCAAGGCCAUCCUCCUGCUGGACGGCUCCCGCGCCCACCCGCGGGAGGCCGACUUAGUUUCGGAGAACAUUUUCACCAUCUUCCUGCCCGCCAGCGUCACCUCCCUGAUCCAGCCCAUGGACCAGGGCAUUCGCAGGGAUUUCAUGAGGAACUUCGUCACCCCUCGCGGCACGCUGCAGGCCUUCACCCCCCGAUGCAGCGUGCACGACGCCGUGCUUGACGUGGCCUGCGCCUGGAACGCGGUGCCGGGCGCCGUCUUUAGCCGGGCCUGGAGGAAGCUGUGGCCCGAGGUCACGCUCGUCGAAGGCUCGUCUUCAGAGGAGGAGCCCGAGCGCCUCAGGACGAAGCCUCCCGACCAGACCUUCGUGCACAUCCCCGGGCUCGGGGGAGGCGCCCCGGCCCGCCUUGGGAGCGCGGCCACGGGGAGUCCCGAGCUGGCCGAGGCGGGGGUGGGUGACGAGGCGGCCUGGGAGCAGGCGGCUGCAUCCUUCGACGCCGUGGUGCGCUUUGCGGAGGGGCAGCCCUGCUUCUCGGCCCAGGAGGUGGGCCAGCUGCGCGCGCUGCGCUCCGUGUUCGGCAGGCGGCAGCAGGCGCAGCGGUGCAGGGCCCUCAGGGCCGCAGUCAAGCUCGAGGCGCCCUGGGAGCACGCUGGGCCUCGCGGCGCCCCGCCUCGCUCCCCUCUGCCCGGCUCGUCCACAGCGGGUGAGGCCUGAGGCAGCGGGGCCCGACCUGCGGUCUCAGGGGUCACGUCCCUCAGGACGGCCCACCCCGUCCGGGUUUUACCGUGUGGCCUGUCGUGCCACAUGGGUGCCAGUGGGUCUUCCUGAAGGGCC